AUGGCCCUCAGCCUUGCUCUCCUGAUGAUGGCAAUCUACACCAUCCAUUGGGCUCCACCAGUCUUUGCAGGGCUUGACAACCCUCAGGGCAUUCAAAAAUACCUUCAACAGCAUCACCCUUGUACCUGCUCAGGGGGCAUAAUAGUAUCCUUCCCACGAACCCGUGGCCGUGGCCGUGCUCAAAAGCCGCAUUUUACACAAGACUGCGGAGAUAAAACUGCUUAUCUGACCGUCCCGGGUUCCCGAUGGUUCUGUGUUCCCAAACCUAAGCUAGACUCUUACCGCACUGGGGAUCAGUGCCCAUCAGAGUGCAAUAAAACUAUCCAUUACUCCGUGCACUCCUCCUGUUAUACACAGUAUCAAACCUGUAAUAAGGGAAAUCAGCGUUUAUUGUUUGCCGUUAUAUCAGGAGAUUAUGAGGGAACGUUCAGAGGAGAGUUGUCCUCUUCACGCUUCAGCUCCCCCUCCUGCCCCACUAAGGGACAAGUAGCCUGCUGGUACCCUAUAGCCCCUGUGGGAGUGUCUGACGGUGGAGGCCCUCAGGAUACCCUUACUAAAUUAAAAACUCAAAAGGUACUCGAAACUGUAUUUGAAAGCCUUUACCCUUCCCUCCAAUACCACCCCCUGGCUAAAGUUCAUUCCAGAGGAAAUAAAGACUUGGAUGUCAAUACCAUCGAUAUCCUUACCAACACCCAUAAACUGCUUAAUCUCUCUGCCCCAAACCUUGCAAGAGACUGCUGGCUCUGUUUAUGCCAGGGACCCCCCCUUCCUCUUGCCAUUUUUCUACCGCUUAAUAAUACCCUUGAGUUCAAUAGUUUCUUGGGCCACCCCCCUAUGCAGCCCUUUCCUGUUCUUCCUGUCCCAACGGAAAAUAUCACUUGCCUUUAUAAACCUCCCAACAACAAUCCCUUCGAUAUCGAUGUAGGCCUUGCUCCUUUCUGUACAAAUAAUGUAACAGUAAACUACCCUCUUUAUGCCCCUAAUUCCACCGUUUUUGUAUGUAGGGAUAAUUUAGCUUAUACCAUUUUACCAACAAAUUGGACCGGUAAUUGCAUGCAUGCUAUACUUUUUCCUGAUAUAGAGAUUAUCAAUGGAGAUACCCCUGUUCCUAUCCCCUCCCUUGAUUAUAUUGCAGGGAGACAAAAACGAGCUAUUCAAUUUAUUCCUUUAUUAGCCACAUUGGGAAUUUCCUCAGCUAUGGUUACAGGAUCCACAGGACUAGGAAUCGCGGUCCACAAAUAUAGAGAAUUGUCCCAACAACUUAUUAAUGAUGUGCAGACCCUAUCCACCACCAUUCAGGACCUUCAAGAUCAAAUUGAUUCCCUAGCGGAAGUGGUUCUACAAAAUCGUAGAGGCUUAGACUUGCUUACUGCUGAACGGGGAGGUAUUUGCUUGGCUUUACAGGAAAAAUGCUGUUUUUAUGCUAACAAGUCCGGCAUUGUUCGUGAUAAAAUCAAGACACUUCAAGAAGAUCUGGAGCGUCGUCGACGUGCCAUGGCUGAAAAUCCCUUUUGGACUGGAUGGAAUGGACUGCUUCCCUAUUUGCUACCGCUUUUAGGCCCCAUUGUUGGGUUGCUUGUUGUGCUAUCUAUAGGUCCUUGUCUCCUCAAUAGGCUGAUGACCUUUAUCAGACAACAAGUAGAUAAUUUAGCAGCCAGACCAAUUCAAAUACAUUACCAAAGUCUGGCCAUGGAAGAUCCCAUGGAAAACGUUAUCUCUCUCUCCGGCCGGUGA